AUGUCUGACCUGUACGUCAUGUCUGACCUGGACAUCAUGUAUGACCUGUACGUCAUGUAUGACCUGUACGUCAUGUAUGACCUGUACGUCUUAUAUGACCUGUAUGUCAUGUAUGACCUGUACGUCAUGUGUGACCUGUACGUCAUGUGUGACCUGUACGUCUUAUAUGACCUGUAUGUCAUGUAUGACCUGUACGUCAUGUAUGACCUGUACAUCUUAUAUGACCUGUAUGUCUUAUAUGACCUGUAUGUCAUGUAUGACCUGUACGUCAUGUAUGACCUGUACGUUUUAUAUGACCUGUAUGUCUUAUAUGACCUGUAUGUCAUGUAUGACCUGUACGUCAUGUAUGACCUGUAUGUCUUAUAUGACCUGUACAUCAUGUAUGACCUGUACGUCAUGUGUGACCUGUACGUCAUGUAUGACCUGGACGUCAUGUGUGACCUGUACGUCAUGUGUGACCUGGACGUCAUGUAUGACCUGGACGUCAUGUGUGACCUGGACGUCAUGUGUGACCUGUACGUCAUGUGUGACCUGGACGUCAUGUGUGACCUGGACGUCAUGUGUGACCUGUACGUCAUGUGUGACCUGUACGUCAUGUGUGACCUGGACGUCAUGUAUGACCUGGACGUCAUGUGUGACCUGUACGUCAUGUGUGACCUGUACGUCAUGUAUGACCUGGACGUCAUGUAUGACCUGUAUGUCAUGUCCACUGCUGCCUUGCUCCUGGUGCUAUUGUGUUGGUGUUUAUCAGAGUCACAUGACAGAGUGUGCUGA